GAAGCAAGUUGACCUCCGUCGGUUCCCUCCAGGGCGCUACCAGCCUUUCGCAACACCCCGCCUGGCUUCUUGGCAUCUACUAUGGUGCUAGGAAUAGAGACACCGACGUGAACGCCUUGGACCCUGAGUCUUUAGAAGCUAUGUUGGAGGACUUCAGAUCGCGGUUAUGGCUUACCUACCGCAAGGACUUCGCUUCGCUCGGGCCUUCUCAGCUAACCAGUGACGUUGGAUGGGGCUGCACGAUUCGCAGCGGACAGAUGCUGCUAGCGGAGGCCGUGGCGCGUAUCGCUCUUGGACGAAACUGGAACAGAACAGCGAACAAGCUCGAUGACGUCCAGCCGGUCGUCCAACUUUUCCUAGACCACCCCGAUGCGCCGCUCUCCAUCCACAACAUCUGCGCAGCUGGCGGCCCGGCAGGAAUCGUGCCCGGCCGCUGGGUGGGACCCUGGAUGCUGUGCAAGGCCCUGGACGCGCUGUUUCGACAGCUCGGCGACAAACGACCCAUGGGUCUGCGUCUCCACGUCGCCUGCGGCUCAGGCGGCGGCGCUCCUGAGCUCUACAAGAACAGCAUUCGAGCCCAAGUGGCAGCAGCAGUGACGACAGAGGCGGGAGCAGCAGCAGCAUCCACCCAGCAGGGGCCUCAGACAACGCAGCAGCAGCAUCAGGAGUCACGGCACGGAGGAUCAGGAUUGGGUCAGGAUCACUCCUCCUGCCGUACCGGUUGUAGCGGCACCGCGUCCGCAAGCAGCCCAUCUAGGGGCUGCUGCCAGGAGGGGGAGGGGCAGGGGCUUCCGGCUGGGAAGCGCCAUGGGGUGGCAACGGAAGGGAGGGGGAGCGCUACCGGGGCAGCAGCGAACCCAGCAGUGGGGCCUGUGACGUGCGAUGAGGAGGACCCUGCCUGCACGGGCAGCGGGAGGAGCAGCAGGCCGCCUGGAGGCGGUGGUGGCGCCAACAGCGGCCAGGACGGAGAGGAAAGCCAUGGCACGGAGGCGGUCAACGGGCCAACGGACGGGAGGAAAGGAGCAGCAGCUGAAGCUGCUGGUGGUGGCUUGGGAGGAGGCAGCGGUGGUGGAGAGGGGCCGUCUUGUGGGGCAGCCAGCACGAAAGCGGAGCACCCAGGGCAGCAGCAGCAGCAGGGUGCUUCACCCCCCUCGUCGCGUCAUGCACCGGUGUUGCUGCUGGUGCCGCUGACGCUGGGAAUGGAAAAGCUCAACCCCGUCUACCUGCCUCAGCUGCAGCAGGUGCUCUCCUGGCCGCACAGCGUGGGCAUCAUCGGGGGCCGCCCCAGCGCCUCCCUCUACCUCUGCGGCACCCAGGAGGCGGCGUUCCUGUACCUGGACCCGCACGAGGCGCAACCCGCGGUGCGGCCCCCGCUGCCACCGCCGGCAGCUGCACCCUGCUCGGGGGCGCCGGGAGGUGUGGCUGGUGCAGCAGCAGCACCAGCAGCCGGGGAGCCGCACACUGCCGCCACCGCCGGGGGGUCUACUAGCAGCUGCUGUGGUGGAGUAGGCGGUAGUGGGGGUUCCAGCGGUGCGACAGCAGCAACAGCGGGGGCAGCGGGGUCGGGUGCGGUGCUGCCGGCGGCUGCGCUGUGUAGCUACUUUUGCGAGGUGGUGCGACUGCUGCCGGGCUCCUCCCUGGACCCCUCCAUGGCACUGGGCUUCCUGUGUACGGGACCAGACGACCUGGAGGACCUCUUUACGCGGCUGGAGGCCCUCUCUCGGCAACACAGCGCCGCACCCCUCAUGACACUGGCGGAGCAGGAGCCGGAGCGGGAGGAGGAGGAGGAGGAGCAGGGAGGGCGACCGGAGCAGCAGC